AUGGUUGUUGAAGUGAGGCAGUACCAUCUUCUCCCCACAUAUCUUAUCCCCAACUCGCCCAGACCUCUCCUACACUACAAGAAUGUUCUAGCCAAGCGACACAACAGCGCUCAGUGCGACCCAGCCGAGGUCUGGGAUAUGUUUACGAAGAAUGACUGGAAUGUUCACUGGAUCUUCCGUUACGGCCCAACACAACUGUCUCAUUACCAUUCCAAGGCGCACGAGUGUAUGGCUGUUCUUUCCGGGACUGCCAGUAUACGAUUUGGUGUCGCCGAUACCUCGCCAGAUAUGGAACUGAACACCCACGGAUCUGCUUGGGAGGAAGGCGGUGUUCUCCUGGAGGCUGAAGCCGGUGAUGUUUUUAUUAUCCCUGCUGGUGUAGCACACAAGACACACAAUACCAAGCCUGAAGCUGAGUUCGCGCUCUUGUCACCGGGAAAGGGACAUGGAAUUGAGGCUGAGAACCCAAAGAAAGCGUUAUCCGAGAUCAAGCUGGAUGGGUUUACAAUGAUGGGAGCCUACAAUGGAGGUGACUGGGACUUUAUUGCGACUGGAGGUGACUUCGAAAAGGUGUGGGGUGUUCCAAAGCCAAAAUACGACCCUGUCGUUGGAAUGUCAGAUCAGGGGCUUUGCAAGACAUGGCGUGGAAGUAGUACUCUGCCCAAGGCUCAUCUGUAA